UCAAUUUCCCGAAUUGCUAGUCCAUUUCUAUCAUUGAGAAGUUCUUUUCGCAAUUGGGAAUUUGAUCGGGCGCACAGUCAAGUUGGAUUACCAUACGGAAAUGCUGCAAAGGGGGAAGUUUGCAAGGAUUGCAAUCGAUCUGGACAUGACAAAACCACUUCCGACGAUGGUUUAUCUCGAUGGAAUACAACAGCAUGUUGUCUAUGA